UUCGGGUAGAAUAAAUUGGACAUUUCGUGCGACACCGGGGUACAAACAGAAUCUGUGUGUUGUCGAGAACGGAACGGAGUUUUCAGCGUGCACCGUCGUGCCGGGCCAGUGUGCUUGAUAUACCUACGAAAAUUCGAAGCAAGUGUGUGUUGUGUGUUGCGGGGAUCAACAUUUCCGCGCAUGGGCUAUUGAAACGUCUCCCGGUGGAAAAGAAUCACUGCACUGCUAGAACCGUCGCUGGAAAGGUGCGAAUUGUUGUGUGCUGUGAAAAUUGUUUUCAGGUUUGAAGCUGUGAAGUGUGCAAAGUACGUGCGGUGGGAAAAUGUUACUCAAACAAAUCGGUACCGUUCUGGCACGCACCGAAUGCCAACGUCGCCAUCGUUCUUUGGUCCAGUUGAGCCGCCACUUUGCCGCUGUUCCGUUGACCGAACCGGCUGCACCAUCGUUGAAAACCGAAGUUCCCGGACCGAAGUCAAGAGCGCUGUUGCAACAGCUAAAUCAACUGCAGAACGCCAACUCGGUUCAAAUGUUUGUGGACUAUGACAAAUCGUUCGGAAACUAUCUGCAGGAUGUGGAUGGCAAUGUGCUGCUAGACAUUUACACCCAAAUUUCGUCGGUACCGCUCGGUUACAAUCAUAAGGAGUUGUUGAAUGUCUUCCGGGAUGAUCAUAAUCUUUCAACUCUCAUCAACCGCCCUGCUUUGGGAGUAUUUCCUGGCGAAGAUUGGCCCAAUCGAUUGCAGAACGUGCUGAUGUCCGUGGCUCCCGUUGGGCUUGAUCACGUCACGACAAUGAUGUGCGGUUCGUGCUCGAACGAGAAUGCGUUUAAGAAUAUUUUCAUCUGGUACCAGAAGAAGCAACGCGGUGAGGCCACUCCAUUCACCGAGGCGGAGAUACAAUCGUGCAUGAUUAAUCAAGUCCCUGGUGCGCCAAAGCUUAGCAUUUUGAGCUUCCAUGGAGCGUUCCACGGACGUACACUCGGAUGUCUAUCGACGACUCAUUCGAAGUACAUUCACAAGAUCGAUGUACCAUCGUUCGAUUGGCCAAUCGCACCGUUCCCACAGUAUCGCUACCCAUUGGAGGAAAAUGUGCGCGAAAACGCUCAAGAAGACGCCCGUUGUUUAGCCGAGGUAGAGCGUCUGAUUGAGCAGUACGGCAAGCGGGGCGUUCCGGUAGCGGGAAUAAUUGUGGAACCGAUCCAGAGCGAAGGAGGUGACAACGAAGCGUCUCCCGAAUUUUUCCAACAACUGCAGAAAAUUGCCAAAGCUCGCGGUAGUGCGCUGCUAAUCGACGAGGUGCAGACGGGCGGUGGACCGACCGGCAAGAUCUGGUGUCACGAGCACUUCAAUCUGCCGAGCCCACCGGAUGUGGUGACGUUCAGCAAGAAGAUGCAGCUGGGCGGAUAUUACCAUGGCGCGCACAUGAAACCAUCGCAACCGUACCGUGUGUUUAACACGUGGAUGGGUGAUCCGGGCAAGCUGUUGCUGCUGGAGUCGAUUUUGCGCGUGAUCAAGCAGGAGUCGCUGUUGGAGAAUGUGCGUCGUACGGGUGACAAGCUGAAGCAGGGCUUGGUGCAGGCGCAGAACGAUUUCCCAAACCUGUUGAGUGCGGCACGCGGCCGGGGAACCUUCCUGGCGAUUAAUUGCGCAACGCCAAAGCUGCGCGAUGACAUUGUAGCAGCGCUCAAGCAGAAAGGAGUUUUAUCUGGCGGUUGUGGUGAUUUGAGCAUUCGCUUCCGUCCGGCACUAAUCUUUGGCGAAAAGCAUGUGGAUAUCUUUUUGGACAAAUUCCGUCAGGUGCUGAAUGAUGUGAAGUAAACUGUGUCCGCCCGAUACCUAUGCCAGCUAACUUACUGCACAAAGUAAAACUGCAGCGGAUCAGAAUUGCGUUCUGCACACGCACAGAAAAAGGAAAAACGUUAUGGACAUAAGGGAUUAAUUGUCCCGUUUAGUUUAAUGCUCGAUGCACAGCAGCAAUUUGCGCACAAAAAUGAAGGAUACACAUUAAUAGAUUUGUAAUGGAUGCAUACCGGUUCGGCACAACAAAUUGUACAACAAAUGGCGAUGAGUGGCAACGCACAAUUGCUGGUGGAUGAAUAUGUAGGCGCAUGGUACAAUGCAGUUGUUGUUCGUUUGUUAGUGCUUUUUUAGCUGGCACGAGAAUCGCAAGAGCUAUGCAUUAGAAAAUCUGACACUAUUACAGAUUACAGAAACAUAUAGUACAUAACAAAACAAAAAAAAAAAAAACACACCAACACGUUUAGUACAGCGUGAAUGAGAGAACAUUUGUCUUCCAAUGAGCUAAAAGUGAUUCCAAAAUAAUCGGUGUCAAACGGUAAAGCGCUGUCAGUCUUUUAGGCAAGAUGAGAUGCUGGUCCGUUACAAAAUAAAAUAGAUAAAUGUUGUCGCAUACAGUGA